GUUUUCAGCUUUGGUCUUCUAGGCACUGGACCUUUCACGCGAGGAGUUCCGCCGCUUGCUCUUCUCCAACGCUCCAAUGACGUCUUCAAGCUCCUUCGCAGCUCCACGUCGGUGAUCCAAUGGUACUUGGAGCAACUGGUCUUCCCCAAGUACAUGAGGCCGGGUGAUGACGCUGCGAUGUUUACCACCCUCACCGAUCCGGUGGUCAUGAGCUUCAAGCAGAUCGACGGCCAGUGGAAAGUGAACUCUCUGCUGGAGAAUGUGGUAGCCGAGGACGCAGAGGCCCUCAUCGACACCGGGGCCUUGAUCACGGGCAUGUCGAACCUGGAGGUGGCGCAGUUCUUGGCCGGUCACAAAGAUUUCAAGAAGUCGGCUGCCGGUGGCUCAGUUGUGGGUGCCGGCAUGGUCGUUUCUGCAUUGGGCCACAUUGAACCGAGGAAAUCCACGAUGAAGCUCGAGGAUUGCGGCAUUCCCCUCUCCGAGCGCUUCGCUUUCUACGACCAGGUGCACACCACUGGCAUGGACAUCCAGCAUAAGCCGGAUGCGCGCGCCGUGCUCACUCUGGGCAAGGUUGCUGCUAUUCUGACUCUCGCUCUCACAACAGACACCGCGGUUGCCUUGGAGAAUGACAUGGUUUGGAGGGACUACUGCCAGGGUGCCUACCGCAUGCGUGGCAUCAAUCGUGGCCAACGCGUCGUGGUCUAUGCCAUUCCGGAGGUCGCGAAGCUCAUCGACACAUCCCUUGUGGGUGUGAAUCUCAACGCUGAGCCGCCGAGGGUUCCUCUCGUGCGCGUGGUGGCCUGGCUGGUGCUGAACGGGCUCCGCUCCGAGCGUGUCCAAGCCGGGAUGCUGAGGCAGCUGGAAGAAGUAAGCCUCUUGCUACCUGCGUUAGCAUUCUCCGAGCCUCUGGACUUAGAUCUGGCGUCGACCAUUCCGAGGUCCCGGCUCUUAAGGCCCAAGAGCCUGGCAGAAGCCAUUGAGGAGCGAGCCAAGGACAAGGAAUGGCUGCUCGGCAAGGAGCAGCUGGCAGAGCUCCAGCGCCUGGUUGGUGUCUCUGCGGAGUCGGAGCAGGUGACUGUCAGCACUGCAGACCAGGAGCAGCAGCAAGAGCAGGACGGGGAGCAGGAGCAGGAACAGGAGAUCGAGAUUGAGAAGUUCGCAGACCUAGGUUUCCAGCGAGACGGAGAACGGCCGCUGUCUUGGAGCUACGAGCUCCUCACGCAGGGCCGCGAGGCCGCGGUCGGCCUGGAUCGUGAGCGACCCUUCUACGAGGCCAAGAACUUCCAGCUGUACAAGAAGCAGCCACUGAACUUCCCCGAAGAUUUGCUGCUCAGCCGGAACUACUUCAACCGCUAUUGGCUGGGUCAUCGUCGGCUGAAGAACGCUGUGAUGAUGUUGGAGUGGAUCCCUCGUGUUGGCGAGCUCAAGGAGCAAGCGCGUGAGGCCUGGACUAGCGAAGAGGAGGCGCAGCUUUUGGACAUCUGGAGCGUACUGACCAAGGACACUGCCAAGGACAAGCCGACAGACCAGGUGAAGCGGGCCACCGGGAGCAUCAAUGGGGCGGUCCUGAAGGACCUCCAGAGUGCGCUCCAUGGGCUCCCAGAGCCCACGCGAUUCGCUGCCUUCCUUGCGGACUUGGCAAACCACGGCGCAGAGGUCGCUUCAGAGCAGUCGCAGGAGUCCUCGGAGGAGGAAGAGCUCCGGAAACGGCAGGCGAAUUUCGCCUGCUUCCGGUCGCUGCUGGGAAACCAUCGAAAUCCGCCCCUCGAGGCCGGGCGUCUCUACGUCCUGCUGAGCCUAGCAGAGGCGGAGACUUUGCGCAAAGUGCUGCACGCCAGGGCCACCGAGAAGCCAGAAGGUGGGGCGCAGCGCUGA